GCCGACCCUUGGUGGCCCCCAGGGCUUGGGACCCUUACCCCGGAGUUAGCCCCAGAGGGGACGAGCGUUGCUGGGAGGCGGAGGGCUGCUUGGCCGCGAGUCCUGCGGUGAUCGCGAGCAUGUGGUUUUGGCCAAAUUGGGCGAGGGCACAAAGUAACCACUUACCCCUUCUCACCGAGGAGGAACGGGAGAAAGGGUAUGGCACUAUCUCAAGGCUGGGUGAAGAGAUACUUCAAGGCCUUUUGUAAAGGCUUCUUUGUGGCGGUGCCUGUGGCAGUGACUUUCCUGGAUCGGGUUGCCUGUGUGGCAAGAGUGGAAGGAGCAUCAAUGCAGCCUUCUUUGAAUCCUGGGGGGAGCCAGUCAUCUGAUGUGGUGCUUUUGAACCACUGGAAAGUGAGGAAUUUUGAAGUACAACGUGGUGACAUUGUGUCAUUAGUGUCUCCUAAAAACCCAGAACAGAAGAUCAUUAAGAGAGUGAUUGCUCUUGAAGGCGAUAUCGUAAAAACUAUGGGACACAAAAACCGCUAUGUCAAAGUCCCCCGUGGUCACAUCUGGGUUGAAGGUGAUCAUCAUGGACACAGUUUUGACAGUAAUUCGUUUGGGCCGGUUUCCCUGGGACUCCUGCAUGGUCAUGCUACUCACAUCCUGUGGCCUCCAGAGCGCUGGCAGAAAUUGGAAUCUGUUCUUCCUCCAGAGCGCUUGCCCAUUCAGAGUGAAGAGGACUGCCUGCGUGGAUCUCCCUGAGCUGCUGCUAUGGGGAGGCACCACCACCAACCCCAGGAAGAGGGAUGGAGAAGAGGAACACCAUAGGGGCAAAGCUUCCCCCAAGAUGAGGCUGUGCAAGAAACAUUUCUAUCAAUCACAUUAAGAUGAUCUGUAUUAGUAGAGAAAGAGUUUUAAAAUAUUAAACAGUAUUAAAUUUUGUGUUAAAUUGUAAUAUCCUGUUUAAUGCCAAAAAAAUGCAGACCUUUGGGAAUAUGAAAAUUUUAUUCCCAUAUGUCUCAAAGGGGAUAAAUUUUGGAUUUUUUUAUGCAGACAUAUUCUAUUGAUUGUUAGGUUUUGAUUUUGGAGCUUGCUGCUGGAAGGAUA